GUCAGCAUGGUGUACACGCAGUCCGAGAUCCUGCAGAAGGAGGUGUACCUCUUCGAGCGCCUCGACUCUGCCAACAGGGAGGCUAUGAAGCAUCUGAAGGCCAUCUGCUUCGUGCGGCCCACCAAGGAGAAUGUGGAGUUACUCAUCCAGGAGCUGCGGAGGCCAAAGUACAGCAUCUAUUUUAUUUAUUUCAGUAACGUGAUCAGUAAGAGUGAUGUCAAGUCAUUGGCUGAAGCUGAUGAACAGGAGGUUGUGGCAGAAGUUCAGGAGUUCUAUGGCGAUUACAUUGCGGUGAAUCCACACGUUUUUUCUCUCAACCUCUUGGGCUGCUGCCAGGGUCGCAGCUGGGAUCCGGCUCAGCUGUCCAGGACAACUCAGGGGCUGACUGCUCUGCUUUUGUCUCUGAAGAAAUGCCCCAUGAUUCGGUACCAGCUCUCCUCUGAGCCAGCAAAGAGGCUUGCUGAAUGUGUGAAGCAAGUAAUCACUAAAGAGUAUGAGCUGUUUGACUUUCGGCGCACAGAGGUUCCUCCUUUACUCCUCAUUCUGGACCGGUCUGACGAUGCCAUCACCCCACUUCUGAACCAGUGGACGUACCAGGCUAUGGUUCAUGAGUUGCUGGGGAUCAACAACAACCGCAUCGACCUCUCUCGCGUACCGGGGAUAAGCAAGGAUCUCCGAGAGGUGGUCCUGUCUGCCGAGAACGACGAGUUCUACGCCAACAACAUGUACCUGAACUUUGCAGAAAUUGGCAGCAACAUCAAGAACCUUAUGGAGGAUUUCCAGAGAAGGAAGCCUAAGGAGCAGCAGAAGCUGGAAUCCAUAGCGGAUAUGAAGGCGUUCGUGGAGAAUUACCCGCAGUUCAAGAAGAUGUCAGGCACGGUAUCGAAGCACGUGACGGUCGUGGGAGAGCUGUCGCGGCUGGUCGGGGAGCGGAACCUGCUGGAGGUGUCUGAAGUGGAGCAGGAGCUGGCCUGCCAGAGUGACCAUUCCAGUGCUCUCCAGAACGUGCGUCGCCUCCUGCAGAACCCCAAGGUGACGGAGUUUGACGCUGCGCGGCUGGUGAUGCUUUACGCCCUGCACUACGAGCGGCACAGCAGCAACAGCCUGCCGGGGCUGAUGGCGGAUCUCAAGAACCGGGGUGUGUCAGAGAAAUACCGAAAGCUGGUGUCUGCCGUUGUGGAGUAUGGAGGGAAGCGGGUCCGGGGCAGUGACCUGUUCAGUCCCAAGGAUGCUGUAGCCAUCACCAAACAAUUCCUCAAAGGACUGAAGGGUGUCGAGAAUGUCUAUACACAGCACCAGCCUCUCCUUCAAGAAACACUCGAUCAGCUCAUCAAAGGAAAACUCAAGGACAGCCAGUACCCCUACCUGGGUCCCAACACUCUCCGUGACAGAGUACCAAAAAUAGUCCGACUGCAAGCUCUCCCUUCUGAGCCAGUUACUAUUCCUGAUGAGAACGGGAUCUUGCUGAAUAUGGCCAAUAACG